AACACCUCCUGCUGCAGUGAGUCGCACUCUACGCCACAUUAAUGCAUAUUUCGUUGAGCAACAUAUAAUAGCUCUUCCAAGAUUUUGUCACAGCAACGCCGCGCACAACGCACAAUCAAAAUUUCUGUCGAUACCAUGAAGCUCGUCCAGAUCGCUUACCUCGUACUCCUUGCAGCUUCCGGUGUCACAGCUAAUAGUGCCAGUACGGUGAUGACAGCACCUUUUUCUCAAUCAUCUCUAUCCUGCAUAAACGCUUGCUCCACUCAACCGCCUUCGUGCCAGUCAGGGUCAGGGGUGCCUUACCAGAUAGGCCCUACGUGCUGGCAGUGCUGCUCGCAGCUCAAUUGAAAAUGACUUUUGAACUGCUCGACAGGAACGGUGCCUUAUCAUUUGGGUCCCUACGUGCUAGCUGAGUUGUAUCUAAGCAAAAAGUUAGUCGAACUGGGUCAUUUUUACUCUCAAAUCAGAGUUCUCUCAAUACAAGCAAAAUGUACGUCAUAUACCGUUUUCCAAAAAGAUUGAGUACGAGUCAAGGAC